GUAAAGUUCAGCUCAGUCCCAGCGCUGCUCUGGCUCUGCUGCUGCUGCUGUUCUGCCUGUGCCCAUUAUAGCCUGUGGAUUAUUAUACUACCCGUGGGCGAUCUCCUGCGUCUCCGACUAGCAGCUGCUGCGGCACGGAAGCGCUCUGGAUAGGCGACUUUUUAUGGGACAAAACUUCUGAGGGCGCCCAAGUUUCAUCUUCUUCUUCUUGAGAAGGGAGGGGGCAGAGAAGGCAGCGCAGCCUGCUGUAGCCAGAAGCGCACUGAGCGGCUCAGGGGGUUUGGGGAGAGCGGCGGAGGCUUCUCAUUGCACUGACCUUGCUGGGAGCAUCCUGGACCUACUGGAAUUACUGAUGAUCGCAGCGGCGGCCGAGUACCAGUGAGCCGCAAGUCUAAUGGCUCCUAUGGGCAAAGCAUUCUGAGAUCGGAUUGGGGAUUUUGUUGGAAUUUCUAACCCCGUUGGCUGCUGGUUCCUAUGCGGAUCUGGAGAGGAGAUGGGGGCGCAGUAUGUGCUGGGGCUGUGUGUCCUGCUGCUGGGGAUGCCGGGCUGUGACGGCUUACAGUGUCGAGGUGCCAGUGAGCCAUGCUUAAAUGAAGGAAAAUGUAUCACCAAUGAUGACGGCUCUGCAUACUGCAAAUGCACAGAUGCAUUUGUUGGAAAAUACUGCCAACUGCAAAACCCUUGCCAAGAAACCAUAUGCCUCAAUGGCGGCACCUGUAAAGUCAGCUCUGACCUGUCUAAAGGUGUGUGUACUUGCGCCCCAGGAUUCGGCGGGGAGAACUGCAAGCAGCCAGUUGCCAAUGUCUGCUCCCUUACUCAGCCUUGUAUGAACGGGGGCACCUGCCACCUGCUUACUCUGGAACUCUAUGACUGUAUCUGCCCCUUUGGAUGGAGAGGAAAUGAUUGCAAAUUCAUUGAUGCCUGUGCCUCUCAGCCAUGCGCCAACGGCAGUACCUGCAUCCCCAAUGAGAACCAGUAUACCUGUUCUUGUCAGGCUGGAUACACCGGCCUCAAGUGUGAAGUGGAUGUGAACGAGUGUGGCCCGCCAGGGAUGUGCAAAAAUGGAGGAACUUGUGAGAAUUUUCCUGGGUCCUACAGGUGUCAGUGUCACCCGGGUUACACUGGUCAGCGCUGUGAGAGCCCCUUCAUCCCCUGCUCUCCUUCCCCAUGUAUGAAUGGUGGCACCUGCCGUCAGACUAGUGAAUUUGCCUAUGAAUGCAACUGCCUGCCAGGAUUUGAUGGGAAAAACUGUGAAACCAACAUAGAUGAUUGUCCCAGUCAUAAGUGCCAGAAUGGUGGAACCUGUGUGGAUGGGGUGAACACCUACAACUGCAGGUGUCCUCCCCAGUGGACUGGCCAGUUUUGCACAGAGGAUGUUGAUGAGUGCCAACUCCAGCCCAAUGCUUGCCAAAAUGGUGGGACUUGUACCAACAGCAAUGGAGGCUACAACUGCGUCUGUGUAAAUGGAUGGAGUGGGGAUGAUUGCAGCCAGAAUAUCGAUGACUGUGCCACUGCUGCCUGUGCCAAUGGGUCUACUUGUAUUGAUCGAGUUGCUUCCUUUAUAUGUGUUUGCCCAGAAGGAAAGAUUGGACUCCUGUGUCACAAAAAUGAUGCCUGCUUUAGUAAUCCUUGCCACAUGGGCUCUUUGUGUGAUACCAACCCUCUGACUGGACAAGCCAUUUGCACUUGCCCCUCUGGGUACAAAGGGACUGCCUGCACAGAGGACAUAGAUGAAUGCUCUUUGGUUAACAGCAAUCCCUGUGAGCAUGCAGGAAAAUGUGUCAAUACUGAAGGUUCCUUUUAUUGUGAAUGCUCCAAAGGAUUCACCGGGCCCCGCUGUGAAAUGGACAUUAAUGAGUGCCUAUCUGAGCCAUGCCAGAAUGAUGCCACCUGUCUGGAUAAAAUCGGAGGCUUCACAUGUUUGUGUAUGCCAGGUUACAAGGGAAUACACUGUGAAAUUGAGAUCAAUGAAUGCCUAAGCAACCCCUGUGUGAACAAUGGAGAGUGUGUUGACAAAGUGAAUCGCUUUGUGUGCAUUUGCCCUCCAGGUUUCACUGGAUCAGUGUGCCAGAUUGAUAUAGACGACUGCUCUAGCACUCCAUGUCAGAAUGGUGCCAAAUGCGUUGAUCAUCCAUCUGGCUAUGACUGUAUAUGUGCAACAGGCUUCACAGGUGUUUUGUGCGAAGAAAAUAUCAACAACUGUGAACCACCACCCUGUCAUUAUGGAACAUGCCAAGAUGGCAUUGAUUCCUAUACGUGCAUUUGUGAGCCUGGCUAUAUGGGUGCCAUUUGCAGCGACCAGAUCGAUGAAUGCCUGAGUAACCCUUGUCUCAAUGAAGGCCGCUGUGUUGACCUUGUCAAUGGCUAUCAGUGUAACUGCCUACCUGGAACAUCUGGGCCAAGAUGUGAGAAGAAUGUUGAUGACUGUGCAAGCAACCCGUGCACCUAUGGGAACUGUGUGGAUGGGAUAAACCGCUACGACUGUGUCUGCUCCCCAGGAUUUACAGGCCCUCAGUGUAAAGAUGACAUUGAUGAGUGUGCCUCAAACCCCUGCCAUAAUGGAGGAACGUGCGUAAAUGAACAGAACAGAUUUCGCUGUAUCUGUCCGGAGGGAUUUCGCCAGCCCAGCUGUUUUUCGCAGGUGGACGAAUGUGUCAAUAACCCAUGUAUCCACGGCAACUGCACAGAUGACGUCAAUGGGUACAAGUGUCUCUGCCAACCAGGCUGGACAGGCAAGAAAUGCGAGGUGGAUAAAAACGAGUGUCUUUCCAACCCCUGUCAGAAUGGGGGGACAUGCGAUAACCUGGUGAAUGGAUACAGAUGCUCCUGCAAGAAAGGGUUCAAGGGUUACAACUGUCAGAUUGACAUCGAUGAAUGUGCUUCAAAUCCAUGUUUAAACCAUGGGACGUGCAGAGAUGGGAUCAAUGGUUACACGUGCCACUGCGGGCUGCCGUAUACUGGUACAAACUGCCAGAACAUUCUGACCCCCUGUAGCCCUGAACCGUGCCACAAUGGUGGAAUUUGUCAGGAAUCUGAAGAUUUCAAGAGUUUCAGCUGUCUGUGUGCAACUGGCUGGCACGGUCAGAGGUGUACUAUUGAUAUUGAUGAAUGUAUAACCAACCCCUGCAAAAACUAUGGUCGCUGCCAAAAUACCAAAGGCGGAUACAUUUGCCAUUGCUUUGAAGGCUUUAAUGGAGUCAACUGUGAAAACAACAUUGACGAUUGCCUUUCUAAUCCGUGUCAGAAUGGGGCUUCCUGUGUAGAUGGAAUCAACACUUUCUCUUGUAACUGCCUGGCGGGGUUCCAUGGGGACAAGUGCCAGAAAGAUGUGGAUGAAUGUGCAAGCAACCCUUGUAAAAAUGGAGGCUCCUGCACAGACUACGUCAACAGCUACACGUGCAAGUGUCAGCCGGGAUUUGAUGGAAUCCACUGUGAUAACAACAUUGAUGAAUGCACAGACACGUCCUGCUUCAAUGGUGCUACCUGCGUGGAUGGCAUUAAUUCCUUCACCUGCCAGUGCCCUCAGGGAUUUACAGGACAAUUUUGUCUGUUUGAGAUCAAUGAGUGUGGGUCCCACCCCUGCAUUAAUGGAGGCACUUGUGUGGAUGGAAUGGGAACAUAUCACUGCACUUGUCCUGUCGGAUACAGAGGCAAGAACUGUGAGGAGUUGGUUGAUCUGUGCAGUGGCUUUCCAUGUAAAAACAGAGGCAUCUGCAAGCAAGUGAAAACAGAACCCAAAUGCAUUUGUCCAACGGGUUGGACUGGCAUUUACUGUGAUAUCCCAGAUGUCUCUUGUGAAGUGGCUGCGUCUCAGAGGGGUGUGGCAGUGCAAGAUCUAUGUCAGCAUGCUGGCAUUUGCAUCAAUACUGGCUUCAGUCACCGUUGCCAGUGCCGACAAGGCUACAUCGGCAGUUACUGUGAGGGGGAACUGGAUGAGUGUGCCUCCAAUCCAUGCCAGAAUAGCGCUACUUGUGUGGAUCGUCAUGGGGGAUACGAGUGCAAGUGCUUGCCAGGGUACCAAGGAGUAAACUGCGAGUAUGAGAUAGACGAGUGCCAGAUCCAGCCUUGCCACAAUGGUGGGACAUGUGUUGACUUGGUAAAUCAAUUCCGAUGCUCCUGCCCUCCAGGAACACGAGGUCCCCUCUGUGAAGAAAAUAUAGAUGACUGUGCUCCAAGUUCUGAAGGGCCGCACUGUUUCAAUGGUGGAAGGUGCUUAGAUAAAAUUGGCGGCUACAGCUGUGAAUGCCUCCCUGGGUUUGCAGGGGAGAGGUGUGAAGGCGAUGUGAAUGAAUGCUUGUCCAAUCCUUGUAGUGCAAAGGGCAGCCUGGACUGCAUUCAGCUGGAUAACAACUAUCUUUGCAAGUGCAAGCCUGGAUUCACAGGUCGCCACUGUGAGACGAUACAAGAUUUGUGCCCAACUCGACCUUGUCUGAAUGGUGGGACAUGCGCUGUUGCUGUGAAUAUGCCUGAAGGAUUUACCUGUCAGUGUCCACCAGGCUUUUCUGGUUCUAAAUGCCAGUACAGUAAUAAUACAUGUGGACACUAUAAGUGCAAAGUUGGGGAAAACUGUAUUAAAACUCCUUUGGGACCAAGGUGCUACUGUCCCACGGGACCAGCUGGGAAUGCAUGCCAAUCUAAAUUAGGCUGUGCCAGCCAGCCCUGUAAAAACAAUGGAGUUUGCCAGAGAAAGGAUCAGCCUCCCUAUUAUACAUGCAAUUGCCCUAAUGGAAUUGUUGGACUCCAGUGUGAAAUUCUAUUGAUUGAUGGGUGUCACCUCCACCACUGUCCUGAUAAAGCAAGAGACGGGUACUGCGAUCAGGAGUGUAACACGCAUGAAUGCCUUUGGGAUGGUGGAGACUGCUCUUUAACAAUGGAAGACCCAUGGGCCAACUGUUCCUCCUCAUUGAAAUGCUGGGAAUAUUUUAAUGGCCAAUGUGAUGAGCUGUGUAAUACACCUGAGUGCCUGUUUGACAACUUUGAGUGUCAAGAAAAAGAGUCAAUCUGCAAGUAUGAUAAGUACUGUGAAGAUCACUAUGCAAAUGGUCACUGUGACAAAAGCUGUAACACAAAAGAAUGUGGCUGGGAUGGACUCGACUGCUCUACAGACAAACCUGAGAAUCUUGCUGAGGGUACCUUGGUCAUAGUAGUGCUAAUGCCCCCAAAGGAACUGCUAAAAAAUUCCAGAAAUUUCCUCCGGGAGUUAGGCAGCAUUCUUCGCACCAACCUAAGGAUCAAAAGGAAUCCAGAUGGGAGCCCCAUGGUCUUUCCAUAUUUUAGAGAAAAAUCAAGCGCACAGCGUUCACGUAGAUCUCUCUUAGAAUUACGCGUAGUCCGGGAGCUUGAGGAGCAGCCAAUUGGCUCAAAAGUCUCAUUAGAAAUUGACAACCAACAGUGUGUCCUGGAUUCAGAUCAGUGCUUUAAGACUACAGACUCCGCUGCUGCCAUGCUGGCUGCCCAUGCUGUACAGGGUACACUUAAUUAUCCCCUGGUCUCAGUGGGGGUUGAAAAGGCGCCACCAUCGUCCCAGACACUGAUGUACAUAUUGCCCGUUAUAUUGGCCAUCAUUAUUGUCAUUCUGCUGCUGGUUGUGGUACUGGCCAAAAAGAAGCGCAAACAUGGCACCCUUUGGUUCCCUGAAGGUUUCCUCCUGCACCGGGACACCAGCAACCAGAAGCGCAGAGAGCCUGUUGGGCAGGAUGCUGUUGGAAUGAAAAAUUUGUCUGUGCCCAUAGUGGAUGGAAACUUACUGGAUUCUAAUCAGAAUGAUCACUGGUCAGAUGAUCGAGGACCACAGCCAAAGAAAUCCAAGUCUGAAGGUCAGGCUCUCCUGUCGGGAGGAGAUGACCAAGUUGAUAGCCGUCAGUGGACACAGCAGCACCUGGUGGCUGCAGAUAUUCGGAUGACCCCAUCAUUGGCUCUCACACCUCCUCAAGCAGAGCAAGACAUGGAUGUCAUAGAUGUCAACGUGCGAGGGCCAGAUGGCUGCACACCACUUAUGUUGGCCUCCCUGCGAAUGGGAAGCCCUCACAUAGAGGAAGAUGAUGAGGAGGCAGAAGAUCCAUCUGCUAACGUCAUUACUGACCUGAUUUAUCAGGGAGCUUGUUUGCAGGCCCAGACAGAUCGCACAGGAGAAACUGCCCUGCACCUGGCAGCUCGCUACUCAAGGGCCGAUGCUGCCAAGCGAUUGCUGGAUGCUGGAGCUGAUGCCAACUCUCAGGACAGUAUGGGGCGGACCCCUCUACAUGCAGCGGUCUCUGCUGAUGCACAGGGGGUUUUCCAGAUUUUGAUCCGUAACAGAGUCACAGACCUCGAUGCGAGGAUGAAUGAUGGUACAACCCCUCUCAUCUUAGCUGCCCGCCUUGCUGUGGAAGGGAUGGUUGCAGACUUAAUAAACUGCCAGGCUGAUGUUAAUGCAGUGGAUGAUCAUGGUAAAUCUGCACUUCACUGGGCUGCUGCAGUAAACAAUGUUGAGGCUACAAUUGUUCUGCUAAAGAAUGGAGCAAAUAGGGAUAUGCAAGACAACAAGGAAGAAACACCCUUGUUUCUUGCUGCUAGAGAGGGUAGUUUUGAAGCAGCCAAAAUGCUUUUGGAUUACUUUGCAAACCGAGAAAUCACUGACCAUAUGGAUCGUCUUCCCCGUGACAUUGCCAAGGACAGAAUGCAUCAUGACAUUGUGCGCCUGUUGGACGAGUAUAACUUGGUGCACAGCCCACAAGGACAGCCUGGUACAAUGCUUUCAAAUUCCCUGUCGCCAGCAGUGUGUGGCUCCAACAGAUCUUUCCUGAACCUGAAACAUGCCGCACAAACAAAGAAGGCCAGAAGGCCAAGUGCCAAAAGUGUAGCACCUCGAAGUCUUCCAAACUUAGCCAAAGAACCAAAAGAUACCAAAAACAGGAGGAGGAAAAAGUCAGAUACUGACAGUAAAGCGCAGCUUUCUGAAAGCUCAGUAACAUUAUCCCCUGUGGAUUCUCUUGAAUCCCCCCAUGCUACUUCAUCUCCUACCAUUACAUCUCCUGGAGCGCUGCAUACGUCCCCUGGACAGAUGAUUGCAGCCUCUACGUUGCAGCCACCACGCACAACAAUGUCUUUAACUAAUCUUCAGCCCGUUGGUUGUGCAGCCAAUAAUAUGCUGCCUUCUGUUGGACAGUUGUUAUCACACUCGGCUCAAAAUAAUGUUCUUACAGCACAAAGACAGCUCACUAUGUCAUCUGAUUGGCUGAGCCGCAUGGAAAGGAAUGACACCCAGUAUAAUGAAAUGUUUGGUAUAGUCCACCAUGACACAAAUAACCACUCAUGUAUUCCUCAACAAAAUGGUAUUAUCCAAGCAGAUAUCAAGCCAACACUGCAUAUGGGUGUGGCUCGGGAUGCUUUGCCUCCUAUUAUGACUUUCCAGCUUAUCCCAAAGAGUGGAAUGAACCAGCAGUCUGGCAUCCAGACACUUGUGCAGCAGGCUAGUCAUGGUCAGAAUGUGGCUGCCAUGUAUCAGAUUCCUGAUAGAGCACGGAUCACUGGCUCUUCUGUUCCUAUAGCAAUGAUGCAUCAACAUGAUGGACAGUUAUCUCAAACUAUGCUCACAGCUUACCAUCCCCUUCAGAACCCAAUGGGAAAAUAUCCAACCCCACCAUCACAACACAGCUACACUUCCACUGAUAAAACCCCAAACCAUAAUGGACAUUUACCCGGAGAGCACCCUUACUUGACCCCUUCACCAGAAUCUCCAGAUCAGUGGUCCAGCUCCUCACCUAACUCUGCCUCUGAUUGGUCAGAUGUAACUACAAGUCCGACCCCUAAUGGCAAUCAAAGAAUGCCUGCCACACAUAUGCCUGAACAAUCACACAAUGGCAUGCAGAUUUAUGCAUAGGACACGGUGCAAUUUACGUUUAAUCGUUGAACAAAUGAAGGCUAUUGGAGGCAAUUUAUACUUUCAGAAGUUGCUUCAUCUGCAGCAUCUGUUUAUGUAUUUCCUUGUACCACACAGGUACCUAUUUCAAUUGCAGGUGCUCUUUUUUGUUAUAUAACACAAGUGUUGUACAGACUGUACUAAAGCUUCCUGUCUGAACAAAGGAUCGAGACUGAAUUCAUACAAUGUCUAGUAAAAACAGAAACUGCUCAGAUCAAUUUUUCAACAUCUGGGCGCAAAGAACAUUUUUAGUGCCUUAUUUAGAGACAAGGGUCAGUCCAAAUGUGAGAUAGCCUUUCAGGAGACAUUGCACUGCUCACACUGGCGCGUCUGUACUUUUCUUGCUCACCUGGAAUAUCUGAAGAUCAAAUCAAUGUGCAAAUUCACAUUCAUUCCAGUAGAUGUGCAACUUGUUAAUUAGCCACAGGCGGGGAGCACCUGUCAGUCCCAUUUACAAGGGAUGUAUGUGUAUAUAUAUAUAUAUAACUACAUGUUUAAAUGUAAAAUAUCAUUUGAAUGUUUUGUACUCUCAGCCUUUUAAUACCAGUUUAUGUCAAUAUUCCUUUUAUAACUUAUCCAGCUCAUUCCACUUUUAAUGCUGUAUUUAAAAAAAGGAAAAAGUUGACUUUUGUUUGGCAGCAGAAAUGUUCUAGCAACUUCUGUGCCCAGUGGAUUCUGUUACAAUGUCACGUGAUGUUUUUGGGAAGGUUUAUGUAUAUGCGGACAUGUCGUGACGCGGGAAUCUAACGAGCAGCCAUCGACUUGUAUUUAAUAUAAACGUCUGAUCUUUUCUACCUUUUUUUUGUCUGUUACAAAUGCUCAUUAUUGUGUGUUUUAUAGAAAGUAAAGAACUUUUCCAGUA